AUGGAGCCGGCGCUCAGCAGCAUCCAGGUGCUCCUGCAGGCCGCCGAGUUCCUGGAGCGCCGCGAGCGCCGCGCGGCCGCUGUCGCCCGCGCCCCGUCGUGCCUGGCCGAGGCCGAGCACGGCUACGCGUCGCUGUGCCCCGCGCGGCGCCCGCCGCGGCCCCGCAAGGCCGUGGGCAGCUGCAGGUCGGUGCACAAUGCGCUGGAGAAGCACAGGAGGGCUCAGCUGCGGCACUGCCUGGAGCAGCUGAAGCAGCAAGUGCCGGGGGGCGCCGAGCGUGCCCGCUCCACCACGCUGAGUCUCCUGCACCGUGCACGCCUGCACAUCCAGAGGCUGCAGGAGCAGGAGCUGAGAGCGCGGCGGGUGAAGGACCAGCUGCGCUGCCAGCAGCAGAGCCUGCAGCAGAGGCUGGAGCAGCUGCUCUCGCCCGCCGGCAGCGAGCGGACGAGGGCCGACAGCCUGGACUCGUCCCAGCUCUCGGAGCACUCUGGCUCCGACGGAGAGGAGGUCGAAAUCGACGUGGACGGAGCCGUGUUCGGCGCGGAGCUGCUGGCCAGGCUCAGCACGGGCAGGGACCACAGCUACUCCAGCCCCCGCGGGCCCUGGUCCUGACAGCGCCUGGCACUAGCGCGGCCCCGCGG